AUGUCUGGCCUUAUAACGAGCAUAAAAGUUCUUCAUGACGGUAAGUGUAGGCUUGAUUGGUCGCACCCUAUUGGCUACAAGCAACAAGGUGUUGUAUUAGAAAAGAGGAGAGGAAACUCUGAAGAAUGGACGAGUGUUGGUCAGAAGGUUCACUAUGGCAAGCUCUACAUUGAUGAUGGUGGAAAUGAUGAUGACGAUGACGACGACGAUGAUGAAGUUGUAGUUGAGUAUAGAGCUAGGCUGAACGACAGCGGCGAUGAUGAUAAUGAUGACGUUGUUGGCGAUGAUAGUGAUCAGAAGUUGUUUUCAUCUAAGCCGCCACACAGCGAGGGCAGCGAGCCACGCUUUUUAACCCCGCUAUCGAAUACGGACAUUAUGAUCGGCGGAGAGGCCGUCAUGGUGGCCAAAGUUGCCGGAAGCCCAUGGCCAACUGCGAAAUGGUUCUUAAACAAUAGUCCAGUUAUUGUAGCAGGAAGGAUAUCAAAAACGGAAAAUACCCAAACUGGAAUUUUCGAUCUAGUUAUCAAAGAUACAAAGUCGUCAGAUGCUGGUCUGAUCACGUGCGAGUUGAGUAAUUUUUUUGGUAAAGUUACGUCAUCGGCUAAACUUAAUGUUCUGGUUCGGCCAUCCUUUAGCCAAUCAACAUACGAGCUCAGCUUAUUGGUCGGCCAGUCAACCAAACAGAGGAUAGCAUUUUCUGGCUCGGCCCCGCACCGUUUCAAUCUUUCAAUUGACGACCUUGAAAUUGUAAAGAGAUCAGGAAGUGAGGUUAAUGAUGAUGGUGACGAUGAUCGCAAUGAAGAUGACGACGACGACGAUGAUGUCCCUAUCGAGGUUUUAUCCAAUGAAGACGAUGACUUUGUAACUCUAUAUAUUAAAAGAGCUUCCAUGAAGAUGAACGGAAGACAGUAUUCUCUUCAGCUCAGUAACAGCGUGGCAUCAGCUAACUGCCUCAUCAACAUCAUUGUAAAAGGACCGCCAGGAAAGUGCCUGGGCCCACUUAGGGUCGAUGACGUCAACAAAAACUCGUGCACUCUCUCCUGGCGACCUCCUCAAAUGGACGGCUUUAGUAAGAUACUCCAUUACGUCGUUGAGAAAAAUGAUGUGGAGAAAUCCUAUUGGACGACGGCGUGUUCCAAUGUCAAGACAAAAGAUAUCAAAAAAAUACCACUACAGACUACACAAGCCUCCAUAGACAACUUAAUAGAGGACAAAGUAUACAGAUUCAGAGUUUCCGCUGUUAAUAUCUAUGCCACACCGGCAAGUCCCGGCCAGCCAAUCAUAUCGAACGUUUCAAAAACGAGAGCCACAUUAACGUGGACUGCAUCGCCAUUGGUCGACCAACAACAAAGCCUGUGCAGUUGUACUGUUGAAAACUUAAUUGAGGGUCGCGUCUAUAAGUUUAGAGUCGUGCCUAGCAACGAGGCAGGCUCAGGAACCCCGUCUAAAUCAUCGCCGGCCGUAAAAAUCGAAGACCAAUUAGAAAUACCGACAUUCAAAGUUGCACUUCAGUCGAGUUACGAGGUCCUGGCGGAGAGGUAUAAAGGAAGCCAAAACCUCCUACCCACAGCAACAUCAGCAGCAACAAAAACAACCACAUCCUCCUCAUCAUUCUCAUCAUCAUCCUCAUCAUCUAAUUCCAACUCAACUAACGUACCGAAGUACGAAAUAACCAUUGAUGAUGGGGAGGCUGACUUCGAAAGCGUGCACACACUCACAAUUAAAAACCUGUCGGCAGAUGACGCCGACGAGUACAUGGUCAGGGCACAAAAUCUCCAGGGAAAUAAAACAUCAAGGACUAUUCUCGUCGUUAACGGUUGGGAAUUAGGAAUUGAAAUAUGCUCUUUUGGUGCUCCGCCCCGAAUCCACGUACCCCAGGCCUAUGAACAACCUCUGAUCCAGGACCGCGGGAGUCUGGCGAGUAUCAAGUUCUACUACUCUGCCACGCCUCUGCCCUCCAUUCAGUGGCUCAACAAACGAACCGGCGAGAAACUCUACGCCGCUGAGAGGCCGACGAUCGAUGACGUAGAUGAUGACGUCACCGAUAUCGACGACGCGUUCUACAGUAACGAUCCUUACUGCAGUAAUUCUUUGACGUCGUCGUCGUCCACUCUGUUUAACCGACAAUCGUCGUACGAUUAUCGGUCCAGACGUCGAUCAUCAAGUAGUCGGAUAUCUUUGUCUCGGUUGUCGUCGGUACCGGUUGGCUCGAAUGGCGUCACAUCCGGCAGUGCUAACUUCAAUACGGAAACGGUUCCGCGGUCGUUUAGUGAGCGGGUGAGGUUCGACAGUACCUCGAGGUUCGUGAUGAUGAGGCUGGAGAACUUGCAGUCGAAGGAUGCCGGCGAGUACGAUGUCGUGCUGACCAACAAGUAUGGGGAGGACCAGGCGACUGUUAAGAUCAAGAUUAAUGACGUUCCGGGAGUUCCGAGGAAUUUAACAUUUGAAGAGGUGACGGAUGGCUGCCUAAUUUUGAAGUGGGAUGAGCCGGAAGAGGAUGGCGGAAGUACGAUUACGCAAUACUUUGUGGAGAUUCUGCAUCAGGCCAGUGGAAAUAGUUAUGUGGAUAAUUCAAAAUGGCUACCCUAUUCUUUGACGAGGAUCACGAAAUGCAAAGUAGAGAACGUCCUACACAACAAAAUCUACCAACUACGCGUCGGGGCUUGUAAUGUUUUCGGGCGUGGCCAAACUUCUGAGCCAAUCAGAAUCGUUCCCGGACAAUCAGAUGACGUCAUCAAGGUUAAGAAGAUUAGCCAACUCGGUCAUAUAUUUGAAAUUGAAGAAACAUUAGCCAGUUCGGAGCAGGCAAAACUUGACCUAAUUACGGACAAACAGACCAGUAGAAGUUACCUUUGCGAGACCAUCAAACUAAACGACAACACGACUUCGGUCAAUCCGGAUCAGAUCCGGAUUAACCGGAAAUCCGUUAUGGAAGAAGCGGAAUUGAUGUCAAAGAUGAGUGGGAGUAAGAAAUUGCAAAAGCUGUGCGCAGUCUAUGAAGAUGAAGACGCAAUAUCUUUAGUUCUGGAAUUCCUAUCAGGUGAGGACAUACUUAGCAGACUGGCCAAUGAGAACGAGCGAACCACGGAAGAGGAUGUGGCCAGAUUAAUACGUCAGCUUUGCGAGGGUGUACAACAUCUGCACGAAAAUAACGCUGUACACCUUAACAUCAAACCGGAGAACCUAAUCUUCACGACUUCCAAAAGCCAGGACAUCAAGCUAACCAAUUUUUCCAAAUCUGCUCUAUUGGACCCCACCAAGCACAUCCCUGUUCUCAAGGUCAACGAAUGUCGCGACCUUGACCUUAAUUUUAUGGCGCCAGAGUUACUAAGCGACGGUGGAAAUGUCGGAUUUUAUUCGGAUAUGUGGGCUGUGGGCGUGAUCACCUAUGUCCUCUUGACAGGAAAAUUUCCAUUCGAGGCGAAGACCAGAGAAGAGAAAGUGGCAAAAAUUUUAUCCUGCAAAUAUUCUAUGGACCAUAAAAAAUUGAACGUUUCAGAAAGCGCCAAGGAUUUCGUUGCCAACUUAAUCGACAAAGAACCCAGCAUGCGCAUGACGUCACAAGAGGCCCUGGACCACCCUUGGCUCUGCCGGGAGUGCAAGUACUCAACGAAGCUGAUGGAGAAAGAGAGAUAUGUACAACUUUUAGAGAGUAUAGAGGAGGAAGUUGGAAAAAAAGAUUGCAGAAACAAAAACACUGAAAAAUUGUCCAUCGGAAAGCUAGUUGACGCGACAUCGCUGCUGAAAAAUACUAAAAAUAUUGUGUUACAUAAAGUCGAUCGUAAAGAAGUUCAACCCAGAUUCGUCUGGAAACCUCGCAACCAAUCAGCGAUUGAAGGGACCGUGGCUUCCUUCAAAUGCAAAAUUAUUUCGCCGGAAAAACUUACAGUCACAUGGUUCAAAGACUCAAACCCCAUACCAACAACAACAACAACAUCAUCGUCAUCAUCAACAACAAAAUACGUCACGACAAAUACCGGAAGUUACUACGAGCUAAAAAUAAACAAAGUGACGUCAUCGUCGGACAGGGGCGAGUAUGUCGUUAGGGCCGAAAAUGUCUACGGAAGGGUAGAAGAGGCCGCGCUGCUCUCUAUCGAAGCUGGAAAAAUGACGUCAUCACCAUCAUCAUCGUCGUCGUCGUACUCAAAAAAAUCUCCGGUACUAAGAUCUCACAGCCUAGAACCAUCAUCAUCAUCGUCAUCAUCAUCAUCAUCGUCGACUGCAACUAAAAGUGAAGUUGGAAGAGAGCCUGAGUUCACGUUCGCACUGCGAGAUAGAUCUAUUCAGGAGGGUACGGCCUUUAAAUUGAGCAGCUGCGUCGAGGGUCAACCCUCUCCCAAGAUCACGUGGUACAAAGAUGGCGUCGAGAUUGACAAAUCCAACAUUGAUUAUGACAUAAGCUACGCGCAUGGCAUGUGCUCGCUCGAGGUUGAAAAUUGCCUGCGAAAAAUUCACGGCGGGAAGUUUACUUGUAGAGCCUCUAAUACCAUGGGUGCCACUGAAACCAGCUGUACUGUUCAUAUUUAUGGUGACUCUGAAAAUUCCUCCACCCCCUCCUCCCUGACCCAGAUGAACAAAUCGAGGAGGAGGUUUUCAUACAGCGGCAGUGGCAGCCACAGCAGCAUCAGCAGCUUCAGUAGAGGGGAAAUCCCAUCCUAUACAUCACGUGGUAUAGGGGAGAUUUCAUCUUAUACGUCACGCGUUACGCCUGUGACGUCAUCGUACCUUUCGACCAAUAGCGUUGUGGGUUCGUCCGGUUCUAAAUAUAUCCCCACGUACGCUAGGAGGCUGUCCAGAAGUUCCAUUGAGAGAUUGUGAUAGAAAAAAAGACAGAAAAGGAGUAUAUUUGCUCUCAUCGUUGCCUUUCAUCAUCACCAUCAUCAUCAUGACGUCAUCAUCAUCAUCGUGACGUCAUCAUCAUCAUCGUGACGUCAUCAUCUUCAUCAUCAUCAUCGUGACGUCACUGCGACUAAAGUCUUCAUUUGGCGGACUUGCUUUUUUUCUCUCACAAAUUUUCCAACAUUUAAAUUCACUUUUAAAUUUUUUCAAAUUGAUUUUGAAAAACAAGAGGCUUUAAUAUUGCUAUGGCGACGUUGUUUUUUAUUUAAACGAAAAAUUUUAAAAAUAUUUUUAAUAAAUAUUUAAAUUAAUAAUAAAUCAUAUUAUUUAAUUAUUUAUCUAUUUAUUUAACAAAUUAAUAUUACAUUUUGGUCACGUGUCAUACGAUUAUCUUAUAAAAAUUGUUUUUAUUGUA